UUUCCGGCGGGACCAGCCCUCGCGUGGCGUCUUCCCCCAGAUGCGGUAAUUGGACUCAGCCCUCGGAAGCCAGAAAUGGCCAAAGUGAAGGCGAAACCUCCCAAGCCUCCCACCGGCAACCCCGCCUCCAACCCAGAGCAGCUCAAAAAGUUGAACCGGAAGAAAAAAAAGAAAAAAAUCUGGAAAACCAAAACUCCGGAAGGGGGCAAGGAACAAGAGAGUAGCCAGAAAGUUGAUGUGGUGCGGCCCCCAAAAGCUCCACAGGAAUUUUCCCACAACUGGAAAGCACUGCAAGAGCUCCUGAAACAAAAAACACCCAAUCCGGAAAGUGGUCCAACCUCCCAGGCGGGUCCUAAGAAACCACACAAACCCCGCCCUCAAAACGGCAAGCCGGCUUCAUCCGAGAGAGGAAUUAGUAGACCGAGGCUGGCCAAUCCUGCAGACCGGACAGGCGGCAAAUCCGCCAAGGCAACCGCUCCUUUGGAAGCACCGAAAGACAGGAAAGCCACACUCGGUCAAAGCCCCGUAGGAGCAACGGGAAAGGAGAAGGAGACCAAGAGAAGAAGAAACGGCAGCAUUCACCAGGAGCAGAGGGACAUCAAACACAAGAAGAGGAAAGCAGAGACUCCAGCAGAGACCCCAGCUCCCGUCUCGUCCACAGAUGCUGACAUCUGGUUCGACGAUGUGGAUCCUGGGGAUAUUGAGGCCGCCAUAGGGCCGGAGGCUGCCCGAAUAGCCCGGGAGAACCUGGGCCUUAAAGAAGACCAGGAGCCGAAAGUAGAAAAGGUGCUGGUGAAAGACAAGGCCUUUGAUGGGCUGACGCGAGCCGUAGCCAUGGACUGCGAAAUGGUCGGGGUCGGGCCGCAGGGACAAGAGAGCAUCCUCGCCCGCGUGUCCAUCGUGAACCAGUUCGGGAAGUGCGUGUACGACAGGUUCGUCAAGCCGACGGAGGAGGUGACCGACUACAGGACGGCGGUCAGCGGGAUCCGGCCGGAGGACAUCCAGCACGGAGAAGACUACCGGGUUGUCCAGGAGGAGGUGGCUGAUCUGCUGAAGGGACGGAUCCUAGUGGGGCACGCCCUGCGUAACGACCUAAAGAUACUACUCCUCGAUCAUCCGAAGAAGAAGAUCCGGGACACCCAGAAAUAUAAGCCUUUCAGGAAAGAGGUCAAGAGCGGGAGGCCGUCCCUGAAGCUGCUGUGCGAGAAACUCCUCAGCGUGGAGGUACAGAAGGCUGAGCACUGUUCGGUUCAGGACGCUCAAGCCGCAAUGAGGCUGUACACGAUGGUGAAGAGACAGUGGGAGGCCGCCGUCAAAAACCACUAUAAAGUGGGGAAGAAAGCCAACGGCUGGAAAACGUAACCAGCCUUCCCCCGUCGCCCCCCGCCCCAUUCCCCUUCUCCCUCCGGCUUUCUCCUCUCUGCUGCAGCAGAGCCUUCCGCUUAGCCAUCUGGAACUCCCCGACCACCUUUUUUUUUUUCCUCUCUCCGCUCUUCAUUGGGUUCCUUCUCCAUUUGAGUGGGCCUGGCAGCUCCCGGGAAACCCCGACCUCUCGUAAUCCAGGUCGGGCUCUCUGCUCCGGAGAUGGAGGACCUCUGUGGGGUCGUUGUCGGCGAUCGUCCCCUGGGAUCACCUCUUCGGGCCCAAAGUCUUUUGUCUUCAAUUCUCCUGAGCCCCACCUCAACCGAGCCUCCGUCCAGGAGCCUCGCACGGAGCCAGACUAGCUCGGGGGAAAAGAACCUGGGCUGGUAACUCCAUCUGAUAAUCAUGGUUUUAACCGCUGGCUCAGAUGCAAGAUUAUCCUCACGGGACACGUCUGCUAAUUCUGUUUUGUUGUACUAUCCCAAGCGCUUAGUACAGUACAAUACAGUACAAUGGAGUCGGUAGACACCUCUGCCCCCAAAGAGCUUACAGUCUAGGGGGAGAGACACAGAUUAAUAUAAUUUACACAUGUGGGGCUGAGGGUGGGCGAAUGUGAAGCGUUGUAAGCAGGGACCGUGUCUACCAGCUCUGUCGUACUCUCCCGAGUGCUUAGUACGGUGUUCUGCGCACAGUAAGCGUUCUCGAUAAAUACCGUCGACAAUCCUCUUGCCAACAGGACCGAGGCAGAAACAAAAUGCGCAUAAUCCGAAGUAGACUCGGCUACAUUAGCGAAGUGUGUGUUCCCAAAAUGAUUCCAAGUGAGGAAAGUCAAGGGUGCGGUAGAAAAAAAUGUAUAACCCCUCGAGGAUGGAUUCUGUACAAUAAAUAUGACUUUGGGGU